GUGUACUUUCCCGCAUAUGAGUCGACUGCGGCGCGUCGGCGCAGGCGUUGUGGCCCUCGCGCUACUCGGUCUCGUCACCAACUACUAUCUUGUCUCGCAGCACUUGGCCUUGCCGGACGGGCGCCAUGCGUCGGCGCAGUCGAUCGCCUUUGACGCGCUCUUCGACCUCUCGACGCCGUACGCGCCUGCGUUUCCCGCCGCCCGCCGUGGCAUUGCGCUCUGCUUGCACACCGAGAUCGCCGCUAUGGGCGUGUCGCUGAUCCGGGAGCUGCGGUCGCUCGGCAACACGGACCCGAUUCAAGUGUACUACUGCCUCCCCGCCGAGUUGGCGCCGCCCGUGUGGACGUUGUUGGCCGAGGACCCGCUCGUCGAGAUCAUCGACCUGUGCUCCCUUUUGGUCGACGCGGGGCAUUUUCAAAACGUCGAGGCCGCGCGAGCCUUCCAGAGCUUCUGGCUCAAGCCUCUCGCGCUUCUCUUCUCGUCGUUUGACCAAGUGAUGCUCUUGGACGCCGACGACAUUUUCUUUGAGAAUCCAUCGACGCUGUGGGCGUCACCGAGCUACACUGAGACGGGCACGCUCUUCUUCUACGACCGCGUCAUCAACACGGCGGCGUUCUCCAACAGCGUCGUCAACGCGACGCUCGAGAACGGAACGGUCAUCCAAAGCCGCUACAUCACCGAGUUCAUCAAGACAUUCCCGCUGUCGCGCUUUGGCCGUCCGCCCGUGCACACACCGUCGGCGCACUUUCUUGCGUCAAUGCUAUGGCGCGGGCACUCAGCCCACGAGCAAGACUCGUCCGUCGUGCUCGUCGACAAGGUCCGCGCGGGGCCGACCGUGCUCAAGGUCUUGCAUCACCUCAUUAGCGACUCGCGCUUCCUUGACCCUCCAUUUUCGUGGGGAGACAAAGAGUCGUUCUGGCUGGCGUUCGAGCUGGGUGGGAAGGACUACCGAUUUUCGCCGUGGGCGUGCAGCGUCGUGAGCCGGCCCUUUGAUCGGCUCGUCGAUCCCAACUCCCUCUGCGGCAGCCUCGCCCAGUACGCGCCCCUCGAAACGUCGAACGCAACGUUGCUUUACAUUAACGGCCAAGAGAUCAUCCAGCCCUUCGACUCGAGGGGGUAUGGCCGCCCGUCCUGGCCGGACCGCUUGACGACGCUCUUGACAGCGAUGCCCCGCCACGUCACACCACGGCACCGACGAGGCCCGGUCGUCGUCGACCGCGGGUCCCUGGACGAGUCGUGUCUGGUCGCAAAGGGUGCCGAGCAGCUGCAUCAUGACGCGCAGCUCCGUCAGCGAAUUGUAUGGACGAUCGAGGCGGCCCAAGCUCUGGACAUUGCUUUUCGUAGCGGUCCCGCGCUGCAAAAAGGGUUCAAGCUCCAGAGUAGCGUUGUCGCCGGCGCCUUUGUUGGCGUGCUGCUCGGGUUGCUGUGUGUGUUCCACGUCAUGUCUUCGGAUCGAUGACACAUUCUCCAUUCAAGCAAAAUUUAUACACGUUUGGGACUUGAAUUUAGCAUGUAUU